AUGGACAAGAAAGAUGGUGGCGGAAACAGCAGAAGAUGCGGUGGGGUGAGCGUGGACACGGUCGUCGAACCCGUCGGCUUUCUUGGCUUCAAGCCCGACGUCCUCAACUCCUUCCUCGGAUCGAGCCGCGCCUCCCUCAAGACCGAACCCAGCGCCGGUUCCUCGCCGCCCGCCUCCUCUGGCGAUGACGACGAGCGGCAGCGUGUGGACGAGAUGGACUUCUUCUCCGGCGAGAAGAAGAGGAAGGUCGAAUUCUCCCCUUCCCGCGCGGAGAACGUCGAGCUGAAGGCCCCCUCGACGGGUACCGUGAAGAAGGAUCUCUCCGUCGAGCCCAUCAACGUGAGCCACUGAUCCAUCAGAGCAUGGUUGGUCUUUACGAACCAUUCAUUCUCUUAUGCCUGAAGAGCUCUCUUGCCAUGGCAGACGCGAUUGCACCUGCUGACCGCCAACACCGGCAGCGACCAGUCGACGUUGGACGACAGCAUGUCGGCCAACGAGGACGAGAAGGAGGACAAGAGUGAAGUAAGUGACCCCGCUCACCCCCUUAAAAUGAAUGAUUAUCCCGACGGCGACGACCGAGUUCACGGUGCUGACCAGAUUGUCCCGUGCUCAGCUGGCGGCUAUGCAGGCGGCACUGGCGAGGAUGAAAGAGGAGAACCUGAAGCUGAGAGGAACCCUGAACAAUGUAUCGGCCGGCUACAACGCGCUGCAGAUGCACCUCAUCCAGCUGAUGCAGCAGCGGAGCCAGAUUAACGGCAACGCCGACAACCAUGAGGUGGGCAGCCAUCUGUGUUGAUUAUAUUGAUCGGCCAAUCUCUGAUGGAUGUUCCUCAAUCCUGGGUUCGUAAAAUGUAGAUCUAUCUAGAUUUAGGCUGACGUCUGAUGACGCCUGAUCUCAGGGCGUGGACGAGAAGAUCGAAAACAUCAAGAAGCACCACAGCUCGGUUCCGAGCAUCGUUCCAAGGCAGUUCAUGGAUCUCGGCCUGGCGUCGGUGGCCGACGAGGCAUCGAAUUCCUCGACGGAGGAGGGGAGCCCAGGGCGCUGCGACUCGCCGCCCAGCAAUGCGGAUGUGGCUUCCACGGACUACCGCCUGCAGAUGACCGGCGUCAAGGCCGGCGACGGAGAUGCCGCCGCCUUCGAUCACGACAAGCCCGGCGACGCCGACGACGGCGGGGAGGACAGCACAGGCAGAGAAGAAUCCCAUGGCUGGGCCUCCAACAAGGUGCCCAAGAUUAACCCCACGGCCACGGCUGCCUCCGAACCGCCGCAGGAGGCCAUCAUGAGGAAGGCGCGCGUCUCAGUCCGAGCCCGCUCAGAAGCCCCCAUGGUACUAUUGGUGUUAUUACCCAGCUUCUCUCAUCAGGUUUUUUUUUCUUCUAUUAUUCUCUCGGCGGUAUCAUUGACCCUUGUGAAUUGGCGCCUGUAGAUAACCGACGGAUGCCAAUGGAGGAAGUACGGUCAGAAGAUGGCCAAGGGCAAUCCCUGCCCGCGGGCUUACUACCGCUGCACCAUGGCGGCAGGUUGCCCCGUCCGCAAGCAAGUAAGAAUCUUUCUUUCCCUCAAUUACGCCGCUUCAGACGAUGGAGCCUAUUGAUGUUUUUGACCAGGUGAGCUGAUCUGGCCCGUGAUCCCCGUAUGAACAGGUUCAGAGGUGCGCUGAAGACCGGUCGAUCUUGAUAACCACGUACGAGGGGACCCACAACCAUCCGCUGCCCCCGGCGGCGAUGGCGAUGGCGUCGACGACGUCGGCGGCGGCUUCCAUGUUGUUGUCUGGGUCCAUGCCGAGCGCUGAUGGGAUGGUGAGCUCCAACGGAGUGAUGAGCUCCAACUUUCUAGCGCGGACGCUUCUGCCGUGCUCCUCGAGCAUGGCCACCAUCUCCGCCUCCGCCCCCUUCCCCACUGUUACCCUCGAUCUCACCCACCCACCCGCUCCGCUCCAGUUCCAGAGGCCGCAGCAGCAGCAGCCGCCGCCUCAACCGCCGGUCAUGGCGGCGCCUCCUGCGGGGAUGCCGCAGAUCUUCGGCCAGGCGCUUUACAGCCAGUCGAAGUUCUCUGGUUCGCAAAUGUCGAAGGACACCGCCGAGCAGCCGCAUUUCGCCCACUCGAUGGCGGCGCCUGUGCAGCAGCUGCCGCCAUCGUUGGCCGACACGGUGAGCGCUGCGACGGCCGCCAUCACGUCGGAUCCCAACUUCAAGGCGGUGCUCGCAGCCGCCAUAUCCUCCAUCAUUGGCGGCGCCGGCAAUCAAGGAAACAGCGCCAACACGCUUAACAUCCUUAACGCCCUCAACGUCAACCCCGCCACCACCGUCACGAGCAACGCCUGUGAGGGCGGUGGCAAGAAGCACGGCGUGUAG